GUUUUGGGAUGUAAAUCUACAUAAUCAGUAAAACAAAAAUAUUACCCGCAGUGAAAAUGAUUUCAAUAGGAAAGGCUCAAGGAAGGAUUCAAUUUUGGGGAUUAUGAUUAAGUGACUUGCAGGCUCAGCGAACAGAGGCCAAGGAUUGUGGCCUAUUAAUAAUUUCAGACUCUUGUCUGUCAUGUGAACUGGGAAAUUGAAUUUGGGUGAUUAAAGGAGGAGAAAGCACUAUGGCCUCACAGUAAAACUACGUCAUAUUUCUCUUUUGGAUUCAGCAUCACUGCAUUACAUCUGUGGUAAUCAUUGAGUUCUUUGGUUACAUUUGAAAAAGAUCUUAUGAAUGCAACCAAACAUUAGACGAGCAGCGUGAUGUCCUGAGCUAGUGGAACUAAACACCAGGGAUCAAUCCUAGGAGGAGGUUCCUUUUAUAGCUAUAAAUAAGAUAUUUCUAGCAGAAUAUCACAUGCAGCAGUCUUAGAAGGAGCAAAGCUUCCAACAUGUUCUCUCUCCUAAAGCAGCACUGUCUCUGCUGGCUCGGACAUGUCCAGAGGAUGGACGAUGGAAGAAUUCCACAGGACAUCCUUUAUUCAGAGUUGGCACCUGGCAAAAGACCUACUGGCCCACCUCAGCUCACUAUUAAGUCCUUCAACAUCUACUCUACCACCUGGGAAGAUGCCGUCCAGCAACAGGCACUCCACAGUGGACUGAUCUCACAUGAAUCCUUCCAAGCUCAACACCACAAAACCAAGAGUGCACUGAGAAAGCAACGGCAGCCACACUGGGACACAACUCUACCCCCUUCAUCUCUCCAAGCCUUCUCUUUGCCAGAUGCCUGUGGCCACGUCAGCCGCUCACGGGUUGGACUCGUCAGGCAUUAAAUUCUAAUUUGAGUUUAUUUCUCAAAAAUCAUCUAUCAUCAGUUGGGCUGUAAUCACGACUGACAAUGACUGGACAUUUAUGCAAAUACGAUAAACGAUCCUAGAUGGUUGAUUGCCAGUUUGACGUUGAACUGAGACCUAUUAUUAUUAUGUUAUUAUUAUUAUGUUUUACAAUAACAACGAAUAAAGUGACAGGCACUUUAUGUUACAUGACUACUGUACAAGUUCGAGCUUCAUGCCGCUUUGGUUUUAGUUUUCUGGGCCACAACUUUACUGUGUUUGUUCUCACCUGGUCUCAGGCUGUUGUAACACGAGAACACGCUCUGCUAUAGACGAUGUUAGAGACGUGCUGGUGAACAGUGGAGAACUGGGUGUUGAAGAGAAUAUUGGACUAAAAGUUAAGGCCUCUUCAAAUACUCUGAAGAGGAUAUAGGAGUAACACGACCUUGACUAACUUCCUGACCAAUGUUAAGGAUUAGCAUACAGACUUAAUAAUAAAGAACAACAACAGCCCUCUAAUCAGUCAUCUGCCGUUGAUUCACUCUGGCACUUUAGCAGCCUGACAGGCUCAGCAUUCAUGAAGAGUAUUUCCCCACAUGGCUGCUCAUUCAGAUGCAGCAGCGGCGGCGGCAACACUCUAACACACUUUAGUGGCAUCUCCUUUCCCUUCCUGUGUUUUUAUGUGUGAGGAUGCCGGCGUUAUCAGACGCAGCGGUGCAGAGACAGAGCAGACAUGGGUGGGAGCAGGGCAGGGCUGGGUGCUCUUUGAACAGGGAGCACAGCAGGCCGACUUCUCCCAGGCAGAUAACUUUGUUCUGGGGUCAGGAGAGGUGACAUCAUGACGGAUGGCGAUGAAGAUGUGUGCGCAUGGGGCAGGAAACGUUAUCUCCAACACACACACACACACUACCGUUUACUGAUACACACACUCCAGUGGACUUGAACAACACUCACUCACCCACCGAACACGUACACACACACGCAUAUGUCUGACAUGCCGGCUCAUCCAGUGGCGUCUCGGAGGUGGCUUUCAUUUAAAAAGGUAGAAAGAGAGCGACACAGGGCAGGUCACACGGUGUGAGGCUGCUGUUGUCAUUUUCUGCUACACAGCGCGAGAACUGGUUGGAAGCACACUGAAGGGACUGAUCUCAACACGGAGCCCAGGCUUAUGCUGUAGGUUUUCUUUGGCACACAAUGUGUCACCUCGUGAACAUCCUGCUGGCCUUACUGAGUCGCUUCCUGUUUGCGGUCCAUGGCGUGGUCACAGUGUGGCGCGUGGUGGUCGUUAAAGGGGAGCCUCUCUAUUGGCUGCUGCUGACGGGCGUGGCUUUGCUGGGCGCGGAAAUGGCUGUCACUCUGAAGUGCACCCGAAACGCAGAGUGGAAAUGGUUCUCCCCCAUGGUGUUCCUCUACCUCAGCACUGUCAUUCCCUCCAUUUGGUUUCUGGAGCUGAGCCUGCUGCAGUCCAAGCUGCCCGUCAACAGCUCCUCAGGCCCCGAGCUUCAUUUGCUGGCUCAGAUCCCGAUCACAGCGGCCAUUGUGAAUCUGGAGCCAGAGAACUGGGUGAUUGGACUGGAGCAAACCAUGCUCAUAGUGUUGGUCCUCGGUCGCUGGCUGAUGCCCAAGGGGGACAUGUCCCGUGACCAGCUGUCCCAGCUCCUCAUGGUCUACGUUGGACUGGGGGCAGACAUCCUGGACAUCUUUGAUACCUUCAAGGAACCUGAAGUCAAAACCAACCGGACCAUUGUUAUUAUUGGCCUGGCCCUUUUCUCCUGGGCGCUCAUGCAGUUUCCUCUAGUGCUCACUCAGAAACAAUACCCAAAGCGUGAGUCUCCACAUGGGAGCAUGAAAGGUCUCUCCUGCUGCCUCGGUUCUCCACCCUCGUCUGCCUCCUGCUGCUCCAGUGAAGUGUGGAGCCUGCUGCUCACAGUGGGGCUCCAGGACGGCCCAUUCCUGCUUUACCGACUCUACCUCAUGGUCCAAGAGCAGGUGCUCAACCAGCUCAUGAUCUUCUUCACCUGCAAGAACAUCCUCAUUGUCCUGCUGGAGCUUUACCGAAUCUUUGUGGUUCAAUGUGAACAGAGCAUAGUAGGGAAAUUGGAUUUGAAGAAGUGUGAUGCCCUCGUGCCCUGCUGUCAAACUCAGACGGGUGGGGAGGAGAUUGAGGAGGAACAGGGGGACGCAGAGAGAGAGGAGAGGGAUGAGGGCUGUCACACAGACACAGAGGGGGGGACUAAGAGGGAAGAAGAUCAGAACGUUACCCAGGUAUAGUAAUGCUCAAAAUGCCGUAAGGCAUGGCUUUGGACCUCAGUGGGAUUAGGGUGGUGGUAGCAGAGGGAUUGUGGCUUUUACACAGCGAGAAAAAAGUCAAACCCAUCAGGCAUCUUUUGCAUCUAAGCCUCAUUCAGAGAGACAGCCUCGGCUCUCUGGAGGGGCAGUGAAUAGGAACAGACUUCAGGAGAAGAGAAUAAGUUCCCGCUGAAAUGAUCAGAGAUUCAUUUAUGCAAUUCCCUUUUGAUCGAACCUGCAGCGAGGAGGUUCACUUCUACAAGUUUCACUUGAAGUGUCAGUCAGUUUCAGUCAUUUUUGGCAGCUAAAACCAAAACACCACCUUUUUUAAAAAAUUUUUUUUACUUUAGUUUAAAUUCAAUUCAUCAACAUCGUGAUUUAAUGUGAUUCCACUUUGAGCGUUUGUGUAUUACUCAUUAAAUGGUGGUGGUGAGGAUGAUGAUGACAGCUUUCACAGUUACAGUUCUAUUAUAUGAAUAAAUAUGACAGUUUUAAAU